AUGCCUUCGCGCCGCCUCAACUCCUUUCGCUUGCUUUCCUUCGAUAUCUACGGAACCCUGAUAGACUGGGAAACUGGGGUCCUCCGGGCACUGGUUCCGCUGACAUCUCGCCUCCCAAAUUCCCAUCCAUUGAAAGCCAAUUCUGUCGCUCUCAACACCACUUAUACAGCGCACGAGCGCACAAUUCAAGCUACGCAGCCAUCUCUGGCAUACUAUCGGAUUCUAAAGGCUGCUUAUGAGUCUCUGGCGAAGGAACUCAACGCCCUUCCGGAGCCCAUAGACGGCAAGAGUGCAGAGCAACUCCUGGACGAAGAAAGUCUCGCGUUCGCCGCCAGCAUCGGCUCAUGGCCGGCUUUCAAAGAUACAGUCGAAGCAAUGCACCGCUUAAAGAACAGGGGCUUUAAGCUCGUCCCCCUGUCGAACGUCGACCGGGAAUCAUUCAGCAAAACGCUCCGCGGGCCAUUGGCCAGUCUGAAUCAAUACGGCUUUGCGGGCGCUGCUGGUUCAAUGUUCUUUGAUGCAGCGUACACGGCCCAGGAUAUUGGGUCGUACAAGCCCGAUCUGCGGAAUUUUGAGUAUCUGAUAGCUCAUGCUAAAGAGAAGUUUGGGGUGGAGAAGAAAGAUAUCUUGCAUGUGGCGCAGAGCAUCCAUUACGAUCACGAGCCAGCUCAGAAGAUAGGUUUAAAUAGUGUGUGGAUUUCACGCGGAGAGGAGAAUAUAAGCCCGAUGAGUGGACGUGAGGAAGGGUAUGUCAAUAUAUUUAAAAUUCCUUUUGGGUGGCAGUUCAAAACUCUACGGGAGCUGGCGGAUGCGGUUGAUGCAGAACUGCCAGGAAGCUCCGCAUGA